AUGUCUACUACCACUAUGCAUUUUGGUCCAGAAUGGAUGCGUCCAAAGCAACAAUCAGUAUCACGUACUCAACCACCCCUUCCUCCUUCACCCCCUCCCGCUGCAAUUCCUCAGACUCCAAACGCGUCUAGUUAUUCAGCCCUAGUAUCUCCAGCUCCUCCUAUCCAACCUCAAAAGCAGGAUGAAGCACAUCCCUUCCGAUAUUCCAAGGAGGAAAUGCUCAGAAUUUACAAAGAAUCUAACAAAGGUGGUUUAGGUCUGGAAGUUGAGAGGUGGGAAGGAGUCGUCCGAGAGAUUGGCACCGAUCCUAUUGGAUUACGUGAAAUGGGAGAAAACGAGAAAAAGCUUUUCGCCACUUCCCUUAAUUCCGAUCUGCGUCGCCGGCAAUCCAAUGAUUAUCUCAACCUGAACACUCAAAACCUUGAACGUCCUAGGUUAGUCCACUCAGGUACAGGCUCGAGCACGGGAAGCCCACUUCGGGAGCGAUAUGGUUCCAUGAGCAUGUUGCAGCGAAGAAGGGACAGCACGGAUCAAGCACCAAACAUAACUCCACGCAAGCUUUCCCUUUCUAGUCAAGCACCUCUAGGUUCUCCUCGCGAUAUUGGUCUUCCUUCUCCCCGUAGACUUGGGCACACGCCAAGCUUUGAUGGCGUUUUAAACGGCGGAGAAUCAUGGAUUGCUCGUAGAAGAACUUCGGAAGGUUUGAGCAAAACGGCAGGAAUAACUCGGGAAACUAGUGGUGAUGAGAAUGAAAUUAGAGAGGAAGAGGAAGAGAUUCGUGUUGAGGAAAAGCCUGAUCCUCGAGAUUCGUCGACUUUACCCAAUGAGGCCGAUCAACCGGCCAACGCAAGUGGCAUAGCUUUACAACGGCCGCAAGAUAUCGAAAACAGGUUUUCCCAACUAUCCUUAGACCAGAAAACUCCGGAUCUUCUUAAUUCCCCAAAUCCACCCCCUACUAGUGCACCUCCCCAACCCACAGAUUUGGCCGGUGUGGACUGGUCGUAUCUCGAUCCACAGGGUCAAGUACAAGGUCCUUUCCGUGCUGAUCUUAUGCAAAAAUGGAACGACGCCGGGUAUUUUACCUUCGAUUUGCACAUGAAACGCAACAAUAUUGAUACCGAUUGGAUGACCGUCGCUGAAUUAGCGCGACGCACGGGAGGCGGGAAGAUGUUCCUCUCACCAAUAGCUCCACCUAUGCCUCCUGGAUUGACCAGACAUACGGAAUCUCCAUUCGGCUUGGCUGCUGAACAAAAUUUGUUCAACGAUAGUCCUUUUCAGCCAUCUCCCAUACGUUCCAUUCGAAGUUCUACCCUCGACUCGUACAUCGGAACAGGCUCAAACCCCUCUGAUUCCCCAGCAUCUUCUUUCGGUGGUGGUAGGUUUGGAGAUGGCUCUCCUGAUCCUGUAGCAUUUGGUGGCCGAGUAGGUCAAUAUGGCGCUGGAGACAUAGGCGUAAGUCGUGUCGGAGGCUUUGGGAUGACAGGCGACUCCUCACCCGCCCUUCCUGGUAGAAGGACCACAUUUGUUGAUUCGGUAGAUUUCCGGUCGGCUGGAUAUAACAACAUGUUGCCACCCCGAGGUUCCACAGUUGACAAUGGAUUCGGAAUGAACGGCAGCAGCGGGUUCACUUCACCGUGGGGAUCAGGGAAUUUUGACGGUCUGAGUGGUAAUGGGCGUAGUUCUGCUGACUCGUCGGGUUAUCAGGCAGCGUUUGGAAAUAAUGCUGGACUGGUUUUGAAUGCUUCCUCUCUCGGGAGUAGCUCUUUUUCCGACCUCCCAGCAAAUACUGCUCCAUAUCGGGUCAGCGAUUUCGGUUAUGGGACACCAAGUGUAAAUCAGCAGGACUUGCAUUCGCAAGAUAAGAUGCUCGGUGGAUAUAACCGUUCGCUCGCAGGCGCGCCACUUUAUGGUGACCCUUCGUCGCAGACAAUUCCCGUAUCUGCGGUCCCACAGUACAACGUAAACCCCAAUCAAACUCAGCAACAACAUAUACCAACGUCGAUCCCGGAUUUAUUCGACCAAAAUCAAACAAGACAGUUACCUAACCAAUUCUCUGAUUCCGACUCUAUUGUCUCGGCUUCCCCGUGGGGUGCUGUAGACUCACCUGUAAACAAACGUCCCGGUCCUUUUGACCCUCCUCAUUCAAUCUCCACCAACACCGCCGCUAAUGCGCUUACUCAGAACUCUCCGUGGGAGACUGCUCACCAAACUCAUCAAACCCUAGGGCCAGUGUCGCAGGUAAGCGAACCGCCCCAGAGUAGUCAGACCAGAGAGGAGCAGGAAUUGGUUGGUACCUCUCCAUCCUCCUUCCUGCAACGGGAAGAGGCGAUUGCUCAGGCUGUUGAAACAUCAACCUCUCCUCAGGAUGUCAUUACGAUUCCCCCUUCUCCACCUCUUCCAAAAACUCAACUUUCACCUCAACCACCAACAACAACCGUUGAAGAGGUGCCUUCUCCCGCUCCUGUUCCUUCAGAGCAAAUGCCUUCAAGCUUGAAAGUGAAAAUAAAAUCAACUCUGGGACAGCAAUCUGCUACUGUUUCGCGUUCACCCGUGGAGCCGAUAGCGAUGGCGCCGCCUCAAGCUCAAACUUCACCUCAGCCACAAACAGUUGGUAUGACUUCCAAGGCACCAUGGGCGAAGGACGACGAUGCCAAGAAACUAUCGACCGCUACUAGUUUGCGUCAGAUUCAAGAUGCAGAGGCGAAGAAGGUAGAAGCUCGAAAAGUCGCAGAGAGGGAGAGAGAAAAGGAGAGGGCUACUGCAAUAUCGCGUGGGAAUCCCACGACAUCUGCGACGGGAACCGCUGGAAAUGAAGAUCUUCAAGGGUUCACAACUUCUUGGGGUUUGCCCACUUCUAAAGCUGGGAGAGGUGGUAGUGGCUCUAGCAUCGCCUCUCCUUCGAAAGAGACGAUAUCUACUCCGUCUCCAGCACCGGCUGUAUGGACGGGUGCGGCAAAGGCGACUCCGGCCAAGAAGAGUAUGAAGGAAAUCCAGGAAGAAGAGGAAAGGAGGAAGAAAGUUUCUGCUGCGAAGGAGAUUGGCGGCGGUAGCGGUGUCUCUGUAGGGGGUGGCGGCCCGAGACGAGGUUACGCUGAUAGCACAUCCAAGUCAACACCAACAAUUGUUCAAGGAAACGCUUGGACGACGGUUGGGCCCAGUGGGAAAACCUUUGGUCCAGCUCCGCGUCCUGUUCCACCACCAUCAGCAGCUAGUUCAUCUUCUGUACCCCGUAUAAAUGGGGCCUCUACUACUAUUGCUACUGCUACUACGAGACCUGCACCUCCUGCUAAUAGUAAGCCGUUAGCAUCUGCGGCGAGCAAAGUCGAGGACUUCCCGUUACCUCCUUCCAAUGAUUUCAUGAGGUGGCUGGGUGAUAACAUGAAAGGACUUAAUAGUUCCGUCAAUGUCGAGGAAAUCAUGAGCAUGUUGCUCUCCUUUCCUUUAGAUCCAGAUCCUUCGACUACCGAAAUCAUUUCGGAUUUGAUUUAUGCUAAUAGUACGACACUGGAUGGACGUAGGUUUGCUGCUGAUUUCGUUGGUAAGAGAAAGGCAGAUGCCAUGACCAGGUCCAAGGGGACAGGAGGCGCUGGGGCGAAGCCUAUUUCUAUCGCGGAUGUGGUGAAGGCCCAGCCGAAACAGCAGACUUCGGAAUGGGGAGGGUUCAAGGUGGUGAAUAAGAAGAAGAAAGGUGGGAGGUCGUAA